GUCUCUAACAUCCAUGAUUCAUUCAGAGGUUAAUCCCAUUGGACAGUGCAGGGAGACCGAGUCAGGUGAUUUCCAAGGAAGCCGGAGAUUCAUUCAGUCCUCCACAGAGAGGGGAGCCCGCCCAACCCGGAUGCACGCAUCGUUUGUGGAGCGGUCAGUUGUGGGGUUCAGCUCGCCGGAUAGGGGGUAUUUCAGCACCACGCAGGACGGACAGCUCCCGCAGCGUUCACCUCCGUUUCCCCGCCGCCACUGAGACCUGCUUCCGCUGCUUUUCCCGCAGAGGACCGCGACGCGCGCGCACGAACCAGAGGGGUUUGGUGCAACAGACUGUAUGCCGGAUUCGACGCUGCUAAGGAGGUCAUUUGCAUGCCGAAUCUCGCCGGGUGUAGCAGCUCUACGUCGGGACUGACAAACGAUGGCGGAGUGUGGAAGGAGGGGACUGUCGCUCCUCGAGGAAGCGCGUUCUCGCUACGAGAGCCUGCAGAUUUCCGAUGAUGUAUUCGGGGAGUCGGGAGACGACAGCAGCGAAAACCCCUUUUACAGUACAACGGGAGACUCCAAUUCAGAUAACUACACGGAGACGAAUCCGGACGAUGGCAGAGCGGGUGAAACUAGGAGUCAGAGCUGCGGUCCUCCCGGGUCUGUUUCCAACGGCCAGGCACAGGAGGAGGGAUGGAGCGACACGCUACAGGACCUCAGCGUGCCCCACUAUCAGGACACGCAUGGUCCGACGCAGAAAAUGUCGGUCACUGCCACGGCCAUGGACUUCUUCCAGCUGUUUGUCCCCGACAAUGUCAUUCAGAACAUGGUGACCCAGACCAACAUGUAUGCCAAAAAGUACCAGGAGCGCUUUGGCAGUGAUGAAGGAUGGACCAAUGUGACGCUGGCUGAGAUGAAGGCCUUUCUGGGUUACGUUACUUCUACUAGCGUGAACCGUUGCGAGUCAGUGCUGAGCAUCUGGAGCAGCGGAUUCUUCAGUAAUCGCAGCAUCGCGCUCAAGAUGAGCCAGGCGCGCUUCGAGAAGAUUCUCAAGUACUUCCACGUUGUAGCCUUCCGCUCCAGCCAAGGUGGCAGUCAGGGCCUCUAUAAGAUCCAACCCUUCCUGGACUCUCUUCAGAAAAGCUUCAGCUCUACCUUCAGGCCCUCACAAACACAGGUCCUCCAUGAGCCCUUGAUUGAUGAGGACCCCGUGUUCAUUACUACAUGUACAGAGAGGGAGCUGCGCAAGAGAAAGAAGAGGAAGUUCAGCCUUUGGGUGCGACAGUGCAGCUCCACUGGUUUCAUCUGUCAGAUCUAUGUCCAUCUGAAGGAGGGUCCAGGUCCAGAUGGUUUGGACACACUGAAGAAUAAACCGCAGCUUCACAGUCUGGUUGCCAAGCAGCUCUGUCUGAAUCUGGCUGGCCGUAAUGCUAUCAUCUUCACUGGACCAAGCAUCACAAGUCUCAACUUGUUUCAAGAAUUUGAGAAACAGGGCAUCUACUGCUGCGGGUUGCUGAGCACCAGGAAGAGUGAUUGUACAGGUCUUCCUCAGUCUAUGCUGAUCAAUACCGAGGCUCCACAGCAACGUGGCCAGUCUCACAUCAAGAUGAGAGGCAAUACGUCCAUAAUCAACUGGUACAACAAAGGCAGCUUCAGGUUCCUCACUAAUGCCUACUCUCCCACCAAAGAAGGGUUGAUCAUUAAGAGGAAGAGCGGAGAAAUCCCAUGUCCCCUUGCUGUUGAGGCCUUUGCUGCACACCUGAGUUACAUCUGCAAAUAUGAUGACAAGUACAGCAAGUAUUUCAUUUUCCACAAGCCCAAUAAGACCUGGCAGCAGGUGUUUUGGCUGACCAUCAGCAUUGCCAUCAACAACGCCUAUAUUCUUUACAAGAUGUCAGAUGCCUACCACGUGAAACGCUAUAGCCGGGCGCAGUUCGGCGAGAGGCUGGUCAAGGAGCUUCUGGAUAUGGACGACUGCUCACCCACUCAGUGAAAGGAUCCGCAUGCGGUCUCAAACCCACCCACGACAACGCAUUCAUACUAACAUACUCAAAUACACCUGCACUUCAGGGUCAUUGUGAAUGAACAAACCCUAUACAUGAAGCAAAAUGUGCCAAGUUGGUUGAAAAAGGGAUGUUUCCCAACUUAACUCACAUUUAUAACCCCAUUUGGCCAUUUGACAAGUGUGUUUGGAUACUACAGGACUAUUGUACAUAUGUCACAGUAACACUUGCUGCAUGAGAAACACAAUAAUGUGCCCUUUGUAGACGUUCAUUGAUUUUUAUCAAUAGAGUUCCAGUAAUAGUGUUGACGUAGUUUUGAACCCUGAGGUACAAUGUUUUGUGAAUUCUCUCUGUUUGUGAGCAGCAUAUCCAACAUUCAGCACUGAUAAAUAUACUGUAUAUACUUACUGAUUGAAGUGUUUUAUCAGCAAAACAAGAAUGUAAUGCAAUUCACACGUUAGAUCACAGAACAUAGUAGAUGUUCUCCCAAAUAUCUGGGCUUUUUUCUAUUUUAUAUCACUUAAUAUUUAUGAUCUUUAUCUUUAUGACUCUUUUUUUAAAAGGCAACAACAUUAGUGAUGCAUAAUGCCACACAGAUACCGAUUAACGUGGCUCUACUACUAUGCUUUCCCGGUCUUUUUUGCACUUGGAAGUAUUCGCAAAUGCCACUUAACUAAGAUUUGCAGAUUUUCAGUAAUAUUGAUCCCAAAUUAGCUUUCCCAUCAAACUAACAUAUAAACUCCUUUGUCUGCCUAUCAUUAAUAUCCAUAUCAUUUUGUCAAUAAAAUUAAGAAUCUAGUAAAAGGGCCCAAUAUACAGUAGUAUACCAAAAAAAAAAAAAAAUGUAAAUAUGAUUUCUAAUAAUCCAUUGAUAUAUUUUUAUUAUGUGUAAUUUUAAUUGAUUAUCUAGGGGCAUUGAUGUGAAUGAAUUUAAAAAAAAAAAGAAUGGACUUAUAAGAACUGGAAUGUUUCUCUACCUGUAACUGGGUGGAUUUAUGCGGUCUUUCGUUGUUCCAGAAUCUAUCAAAAGAUCAGUUCUCCAUGUCGCUAUGUUGUAACUGAAGUAAUGACGGUAUUCAAUCGAAGCGCAUGGUGUAAUUUGUCACUUCAAAGAACUGAAGCAGAUUCAUUUUAGAAGAUUUCCCUCAGGUAAUAUAUUUAGUCAAACAUCUCCCACUGUAUCACUGUGUAAUAUUCAUACUGGACAAUGACCACUGUAAGAGACAGAUGUACUAUUGUGAGGGAAUUUGUGUCUUAGAUGUACCAGACAUGCUUAUUAUUUCCUUGGCUUUUCUUUUAUUUACAGUUAACUGUGCCAUCACUUACGGUUUUACUUUGCACUGACUGAAAUGCUGCAAACUAACAAACCAAUUAGGAUGUAUACUACUGAACGUCACAAAAACAUUCUUUUGAAGCUUUGGUUUCAGUCUACACAAAUCUGUACAAAAAGUCUUUGUAAUGUCAGCUGCAGUAAUUCCAUCACAAUGAUAGAUACGCCAUAUUUUAUACCUGCAUAUUUAGUUUUAAACAGACAAAAGCAAUGUAUCUCUGCAGGUGUGAUCAUAGACAUGAUUGUUUUUUUGUUUGUCAUGAAUGUUGCAAACAUUUUAUUUCACUUUAUUGUAAUAUUUUGCUACUAAUAAUCUAAUCUACAAAUAGAACGUCAAUAUAUUAACAAAUACAAUUCAGGCGAUAACUGCCACCUGUGCUUAUCUAAUAUAAAAUGCAACAGAUGAUUUUGAGAUUGCAUAUCUGUGUUUUCCAGAGCAUCUUUUGGGUGUUUGCACCACAGUGGGAAUUACUUUAAUCAGGCAGACAGUGAACCGUAAUGGUAGAGAUGUUUGACCUCAUCUUGGGUGACCUCAGGGUUUUGUAACUACAACAUAUACUGUAGUGCAAUAUAUAGUAGGAGAUCGGUUCGGGUGCUAUGAACAUCUCUGCCAAGAACAUACUCUGUAAGCCAGAAAAUGGUCGGUAUGACCAAGACUUUUAAUGAAAGCUCUUGCUGGUGCAGUGCAUUAGAAAAAAAACCUUCCGAUUCUGCUUUUGCAGUGGCGCUAACGUUGUACGAUAUACCUUAGGGUCAGCUUCAUGGGGCAUGAUAGCAGGUAAAAAAUGUCAUUUUAAUAACCAAACAGCUAUGUUAACUAUAUAGUCUGUGAAUAAUUAUUUACUGGACCAAAUUCCUCAAUAUCUGGUCAAUUUAACAAGAACCCAGUGAUGGACAUGUAUCUAUUUUCAUGUAUGAAUGUUGUGAAUGUGUCGUGUCUUGCUGUAAAAUGCUUGGUGUACCCUCACUUGUCUUCUCACUGUGAAUGUUGAAAUGAUUAAGCUGUAUGUGAGUAUCUAUGUGUUAUCUGUAAUGUUCACCCUCACUGUAUGUCAACCUGUGCUUCACCUCCCUGCCUCUAUGUGAGUUUACACCAAUUUGCACACUAAUAAAUGUUGUUUAUACUA